AUGGACGAGUGGCUCAACAAGGAUGAUAUCGGCUAUUUGUUAUAUACCAAGUAUAAGGGCCUUCUCAAUGACAGCUUCGAUGAUAUCUUACCAGCCGUUGAUGCUCCCGAUAAUAUUAAAAUGAAUCUUUUAGUCGAGCGAAUAAAAUUUUCAAUCAAGAGUAAAAGUCGCUUCAUCAUUGCCCCUAUAGUGUUUAAAACGAAAGAAUGGGUGGUAGUUAAAAGUAUCAUCGAACGAGCUAUUGCUGGACCUAAAUCAGACAUUAUCGACUUAUCAUUUACCGAGCCAUUACAGAAAGAUAAAAGUACAUGUAGCACACGAAUGCUGGAAGCUAUUCACGCUAUUAUAGACGAAAGUUACUUAAUUAAUCACGUAAAGAAAUCGAUUUGCAAGGCUUUAAAGAACUCUGAUAUCAAGGGAGAUCAUGAGGAAAUCCUAAGAAAUUCAUCGAACAACGGCUUGCUCAAAGAUACCAUAGAUCACUCUCUUAAUAGCAGGUAUCUCAUUUCGUAUCAUUUAUUACCAGUAGUAGAGAUUAAUAUUCUAUUACCAGCCUGCUUACAAAUCAAAGAUCAUAAUAAGGAUAAACGCUUUAUUAUUGUCCCAAUCCGGUUUGGGGAUCGUCAUUGGGGUGUGUUGGUGAUUGAUCAAAUAUUUCAAACGAAACAAAGUGUAUUCGUUUUUAGCUCGCUAGACGAGAAGGAUCCAAACUUUAGUGUUGUUAAAGAAAUCGUUGAUCGGUCCUUUAGCAAUCCCAAACUUAUUAACUUGGUUACGGUGCCGUGUAAGCAAAUGAGUAACGAUAGCACUUGUGGUACGCUGCUAUUAGAAGCGAUUAAAAUCAUUAUACAAGCAAGACAGGCCAAUACUGAUGAGAAUCAAAUUAGGACGAUUGUAGGUGACUGUUUGAAGAAAAUUCAGAUCAAGAAAGUUCAUUCCCUUAACGUCCAUAUAAGUAAAGUUUCCCAAAAGCCAGAUCAAAAAUUUCUUAACGAUACGACCAUACUGGAUUUGUUAGCAAAUUGGGAUCAAUCAGAUAGUUACCACAUCUUACCAGUAAUUGUUGUAAACGGGAAACCGUUUGUUAAAGAUAAUCUUCCAACCCGCAUAAAGCGAAAGCGUUUUACUAUUUCACCUUUCAAAUUGAGGAAUGAUCACUGGGUUGCACUGGUUAUCGAUAAGAAUUCUCAGUCUUCGUACUUCUUUGAUUCACUUGGGCAAAGUACAGAAACUCAAAGUGUCGUUAAGAAGUUUAUGACUGAAAAAUAUCGCAAUUGGAAUACCAUUGACUUGUCAUCAGAAGAGCUAAAACAGGAAGAAAAUGCAACUUGUGGUACGUGGAUGUUAGAAGCUAUUAAGGCCAUGAUACAAGCAAUAAGUGGUAAUUGUGAAGCUGAAUAUAUGGUAAAAGAUUCUGUUCAUCGCUUUUUAAAGAUGGCUAACAUAAACAAAAUUCAUAUCGAUAACCUUACGAAGCAAAGGCAGUAUAGCGAUGAAAAAGAUAAAGAUGUUAUAAAUGAUGGUUACCUGGGCAUAGAUGAUUUACGACAUUUAUUACAUUCCAGUUUGAUUCCGUAUAAAGUUUUGUCAGCAAUGACUGUUAAAGACAGCAACUUAUCCAAACUAAUUAUAAAAUCAAUGAAAAGCAACGAUAAACACUGUAUCAUAGCGCCUAUCCAAAUCGAAAAUAAUCACUGGGUAGCAUUGGUGAUUAAGCAAAAUAUUGGAGCCAAACCUUCUGUCUUUUAUUUUGAUUCACAUUCAACAUAUGAAGAUAAUUUACGUGAUAUUCGGCAAAAUAUUGAUCAGAAUGGCAAGAAAUUUGAUAUUGUUGUCUUAGAAUUCAAACGGAAUAAUCGCUGUAAUUACGCUUGUGGUAUACAGAUGAUGGAAGCUAUCAACUGUAUUAUCAAUGAAGUAGCGAAUGGGCCAACAGAUGGACAAAUAAUAAAAGUCAAUGUAUGCAAGUCUUUGGCUAAGAAGAAUAUUGAAGAAAUUCAUAAGAAUAACCUUCAAAUUAAAAAUGUUAAGCUAUGUGAAGGCUUCUCGGACAAAGAGUGUAGAAAGCCAGGCUACUUGGUUCGAAUGCAAUUUAUGGAUAAUAAGACUAACGUCAAGAAUCUUCACGCCCCAUUCUGUUGGCGUAACAUUCCUAAGCUAGCCGUUAUUACAGGUAAAAAUGGUUGCGGUAAAACAGCCCUCCUAGAUGCAAUACGACAAGGACAUGAUACUAAAACUGAUAAAUCAGUUAAACAAGAUUAUGGUAUUGAAUUAGAUGUUAGCGGUGAUUCAGGAUGCAACUUGCCUCAGAUAUAUGCUCAUAGUGCCGACUCGAAAUUUGUAGGCAGUAGUAUGAGAACUUAUGGAGAUUCUUACAAGGCAUCCGAGAACUCAAAUGACCUAGCUUUGGAUUUAAUUUUUUAUAAUAAAUCCAAGAAAGAACAAAAGCCAUACACUUUGAAAUUUCCAAAAUAUGAAAGUCUUUUUGACCAGAUUAUAAAACAAGUUGAUGAUAUGGAUAAAUUUUCAUCAAUUGAGAAUUUAGGCCGCGAUUAUCAAACAAUAUUUGAUCAUGAAUUAGAAGAGUGCAUUAAUGGCCAAGUAGGCUUGCACUUAACAUCCUAUGCCACUCUGGACCAAUACCCAAAAUAUUUACUGGAAAAUGGUACCAAGUUACAAGAUUUAAAUGAUCAUUUAAACCGAAAUGGUUUUAAAUAUAUUUUAUCUAAUGAUUGUUUGGAAAAUGAUAAGUUUAGUCAGUUAAUGUUAAAUAUAGAGAGUGAUUCCAAAAACAUUAAAAGUGAGGAUCUAUCUCCUGGUGAACGUUUAGAAUUACUAACCCUAUUAUGGCGAUUUGAAACAAAAGUUUGGAAAAAAAGUAAUGUAGGUGCAAUCAUUUUACUGGACGAACCAGAUGUUCACCUCCACCCUGGCUUAGUCAAAGAAAUGAUCGAAACUAUUAAAACUAAAUUGAUAUCUAAGCUUGAUAUUCAAAUUAUUAUGACUACUCAUAGUCCAACAACUGUCAGUCUUGUACCUCAGGAUAGCAUCUAUAUUAUUUCUGAAGAUAGCUCUAGAAGGAAACAAGUCAAGAUUGAAAAGGCAAAAAGCAAGGAGCAAGCGAUACAGCUAUUAACUUCAGAGUUUGUACAUGUCAGUUUACCUUUUAGGUUAAUUUUCGUUGAAGCUACAGAUGAUGAACAUUUUUACCAAAUGAUCGUAAACAAAUUAAUUCAGAAACAAUUAUUUAUUCCAAGCAUACCAUUAAAGUUUCAUUCUCAUGGUUAUAGUUUAAAAAAGCAUUCUCCCGAUGAAGACGGAAACAUAACUACUGAAGAUUCAUCUAGGCAGAUAGUAGAGAGACUUGUUGGAUUUUGUGCCGACCCAAAAAUUGCAAAAGAAAAUAGAGAUUAUAGUUUGACAGGGUUCAUAUUCGGGCUCGUCGAUAACGAUAAUAUGGGCAAAUCUACAUUAAAUAACAUCAAAUGCUUGGAAGAUAGAUAUAGCUUGGAAAACUAUAUUUACGAUCCGGUUUAUUUAUAUUAUUAUUUUAGAAAGAAAGAUAACUUAGUGGAAAUUGAAAAGGAAGUGAAUAGCAAGCUUGGACUUAAAAGUCAUCCUGUUCGCUUGUCGAAAUAUUGCGAAGAUGGUGAUACCAAAACUAAUACUCGCGUAUUACAAAUCAUUAUCGAUAUCAUAUAUGAUAAGCUAGUUAAAACAAUAGAAGGAUUUGUCUUAUUAAAUAAAACGAUAAAUUUCGCGGAUCUUGCUUUAAAAUUAAUCUCAUACCGGAAUAAUAUAAAAGUGUUAACUGGUAAAUUAAGUGAAAAUGAGGAAUUCGCUCAAAAAAUUGAAAAAGAUAUGAAAAUUUUAAAACAGAAAUGUAAGCUAAACAAUAAUCAAAGUUAUGAGAAAGACAACGACCAAAAUAAUAUCCAAAAUUUGGCCCAAGGUAAUAGCCAAGGCAAUAAACAAGGAUAUUUCCAAGGCCAGCUAAUACACAAGAUUGAAAUUAUCCUUGAAAACAUGAACGCAGAAUGUAAGGAUUUUGAUCACAAGCUAAAAGGCCUAUACGACUAUGCAGAUAGUAUUAACAAGGCAAUUGGCAGAUUAAAACGAAAUAGUUUCUUGGAGGAUGGGGAUACGCUAAUACCUGAUAGAAUUCAAAUAAGUUUUGAAAAAAAGAUAAUCUUAUCUUAUCCUAAAGUAAUAUUAAAAAUGAGAGGACAUGAUUUAGUUAUGUUCUAUAAGGAAACAUUUAAAUCUAUGCCAAAUGCUAGUAACAUGAUUAGGUUCCUUAGAAAUGAAAAUUUCUUGAUUCCAUCCGAUUUGGUGAAGAUACUUAAAGAGCUGCAGACUUCUCAUGUUUAG